AUGUUGAAAAAUCUCGAAUGCAUUGGUAUUGAAAACCCGGAGCUUAACUGGUUUCGAAGCUUACUCUCAGAUCGUAUGCAACAAACUGUAAUCGAGUCAAGUGUGUCAAAUACAGUGGCAGUCAAUAUUGAGUUGGCGCAGGGAUCGGUAUUGGCCCCAAUACUUUUUAAUAUUUACAUUAACGACAUAAAUAUGGCACUCUGGCACUUCGAUGCAUCGAACAAAACUUCGGCAAACCAUGCCACCACUCCCGCUGCCAUACAGCUACAGGUCUCUGCGCAGGGCGAGAAUGGAGCAAUUGCCGCGGGCUCGAUUAUCUCCACCCCAAUCAUGACUGGUAAUGGCGGCAUUACCAGCACAGUGUAUUCACCACCUUUACAGCAAAUUCGCCAGAGUUCCAAGGAUAGUACUGGCUCUUCCGAUACGGAUAGCUCGAGUGAUGAUGAGUCUAUUCCAAAUGUGGCGCCCAAUCCUCCAGUUGGCACUGAUCCAACAGCAGAAAAACCACAAAAGGAAACUGAAGCGGCCGCUGAACUUUCAGCGCUAGUUAAUUAUGUGGAACCGGUACAUUUCUAUACUUUCGAAAAUGCGGAAAAAAAAAAUCGGUGCUACGAGAUGUCUUCAUUUGAUGAAAAACAAGCUACAGCUCUGCUCAAAGAACGACCGAUUGAAUUUGUCAACUAUAAUAAACACCAGCUUUCCCGAGUUUAUCCAACCGGUACCCGUUUCGAUAGUUCUAACUUUAUGCCACAGCUUUUCUGGAAUGCUGGCUGCCAGUUAGUUGCUCUCAACUAUCAAACUUUAGAUUUAGCUAUGCAAUUAAAUCUGGGCAUCUUCGAAUACAAUGAUCGAUCAGGGUAUUUGUUGAAGCCGGAGUUUAUGCGACGCACCGAUCGUCGAUUGGACCCUUUUGCGGAGAGCACGGUUGAUGGUAUCAUAGCAGGAACUGUGUCCAUAAUGGUGUUGUCUGGACAAUUUUUAACUGAUAAACGUGUGGGUACUUACGUUGAAGUGGAUAUGUUCGGGUUGCCGGCAGAUACUGUGAGAAAGCGAUUUCGGACGCGGAUCGUGCGAGAUAAUGGUCUCAAUCCAGUUUAUGGCGAGGAGCCGUUUGUUUUCAAAAAGGUAGUGCUACCCGAACUGGCCAACAUACGCGUUGCGGCUUAUGAAGAGGGAGGGAAGUUUCUAGGACAUCGUGUUCUUCCCGUCAUUGGGUUGUGCCCUGGGUAUCGUCAUGUGAAUCUACGGACCGAAUUGGGUCAACCAAUAACACUAGCAUCCCUCUUUCUGUACAUCGUGGUUAAGGACUAUGUGCCAGACGAUCUAUCGAAUUUUGCAGAGGCAUUAGCUAAUCCAAUUAAAUACCAAAGUGAACUUGAAAAACGUGACAAACAAUUGGCUGUGCUCACCGAGGGCACGGAACCGAUUUCAUCAGAGGAUAUCAACUCAUGUGGUCAGAAAAAAGAGCUUCGUCCAUUUGAGUCCACAACAAUGAGCCCCAAGCACCGACCCAGCAUCAUAGCCGCUACCGUAACCAAUGUAGAAGUAUCUUCAGGAGUUGAGCAAGACACCGCAGAUGCGAUCACAACAGCUGGACCAGGGUUCACACACCAACAUUCGCUCGAGUCGACUGCGCAAACAUCUAUGCGGCAAGUGGAAUCGUCACAGUUCGAUUUAGAUUUAGUGCAUGCAGAGCCAUUGGAUAAGAUAUUAGACCACAAGAUGGUGCGUGAGAAGCGGUUUGAAAUGGAAAAGAAAUUGGAAUCGCUCCGUAAAAAACAUGAUAAGGAGAAGAUCAAAAUCGCAAUGCAAAAGUCUAGUCCAAUAGAUGGAAACAAGAAGGCAAUGUUUAACAUUGCCACCAAGCUAAAGAAACGGCUCAGCAAUAGAAGUCUUGAUACGGGCGCGGAGGUGCCGCCUUGUUUGCCGGAUAUUGGGAAUAUAAAUGAAGUCUGUACUGACGGGGCCACUUGUAUUGAAGGAGAAAGUCCAUCGCUGGGAACACGCUCCCAACAGGAGAGAAUGCUUUCCUCUUGCAGGGAGUAUUCUUCGCAGAUGCGUGAUAUUCAGGAGAAGUACCAUGAGGUAAUCUAUGCGUUAGCGGAAAAGGUGUUGCGAAAUUCACAAGCAAACCAAAUUAAGCAACUUAAAGCGUCCUUGGAUCGAGUAACUUCUGAAGUAAUGCAUCAAUUGCAGGAGGCACGACGAACUGAGGUAAAGAAUUUGUCUUCCGUACAUCGGGAUCGCGAUGAGUUGGUUAGAAUGAAACGUGAAGUGGCCAGCUCAGUGGUAGAACGCGGUGUGGCAGAACGAGUACGUUUGAAGCAGACCUACGACAAACGAACCGAUGACCUGCAAAAACAACAUGAAUUGGUGCGCAACGCACUAGCGGAGCACCGUAAUAAGGCCCGACAAAUAUUUGAAAAGGAAGCCGAAUCUCGCACCUGUGUCAUUAGCAAUGGAUUCCUAAUUCUAUUCCAGGCGUCUAGUAAUGCCGGUGGGGAUGCUCCAUCUACAUCUGGCGCAAGCAAUAACCUCACAUUGAAUUUAAACGGUGGAAAUAUGAUUUCUCCUGCGCGCUCUAGUAACAGUCUCACGAGUAGCAUUGGUGGUAAGAAUAAAGAUGUUUUGGAUAGCGGUAGCGAUGAAACUGGUUCCAACGCCUGUGCUGACUCUGCGGCCGGUGUUUAAACACCCUCUGAUAUAACAAUAAUACAGUAUUUAGUCUUGCAAAUUUAAAGCAAGGCGGAAGGAAUAUAUUUUUGCGUAUAAGUAUAGUGUAAUGGAGGAGUAAUAACAAUCAGUUACUAACUAUACACGUACGUAUAUGUAAAUGGAACUAUGAGAAGCAUUGAGAUGAAAUUACUAAUGUUAAAAAUAUCUAAAUUUUGUUUGUGCAUUAAAUAUGUAGAAAUAAAAUUCUACUUAAUAUGUGUUUGUAGACUAAGAUUAAAAUUACCUUCGUUAGACUUGAAGUACAUAUACACAUACAUACAGCGUUUGCCAAAUGAGACCUACCGCAGCAGGUACAUGGUUUGCCUAGCCAUGUGCGCACUCGCUCCAUCUUGUGGGAACCACAAAUUAGGACGUGCGCUGCCGUUGGCCGCAACAAGUUGUCAGUAAUUGUUCUAUAAGAAGCCCCCAGAAAUCGUUCUGGCGUUUCAUCCUCAAUCUCGAAGAAAUAUAGGCCGAUAACUCUUUCGGCCAUAACACCGCACCAAACAGUGCAUCCGGAUUGGGGUACCUGAUGCUGGUGUGUUGCCCUUUGAUUUACAGAGCUCCAAAAUCUACAGUUUUGCUUAGAAAUGUGAUUCAUCCGACAUCAAAACAUUACCUAAAAUAUCAAUUUAUGCGGCAAAUUGUGUAAAACGCAUAGCGUAUUGUAGUCGUUGUUGGUGGACUGUAAGUAUCCAUUAUGAUUUUCCUAGAGAUUAAUUAUGACACAAAGAAAAUAACAAUGAUUCUAAAAAUAAAGAAGUUAUACGUGUUAAACAUUGGUAGGUCUUAUUUAGCCCACCCUGUACAUGCACUUGUGGUCAGCUGAUUAAGUCAAGUGACAUUUUGACUAUUAUUAUGGUGUCCAGAAUUUCAAAGAACAAUAGAAUAACAUUCGACAGUAUCAAAAACAGACAGUAUCAGGGAGGCUCAUAAAUUUCAACUCCAAACAUGAGAUGAAAACAAUUCUAAAUACGGCUAGCAAUUUUAAAAGAAGAGUUCUCUCUCUUCUCUUGCUAGAAAAAGGUAAUGCAUCCCCGUUUUCCCAAUGGGAAGCUAAGAUAUUAAGUUGUGUUUUGUUGUACGUUUUGUAAAUAAUUAUUUGUAUAUGUAACCAUAUUGUGUUCUUUGCAGUCCUGAAGAUGCCUUUAGAUUACAGGCGAAAUAUCGAUAGUAAUAAACAAAAAGGAAUAUAAGACAUCCAAUUGCUUUAUUUACCAUCGGCCUAAAGCAAUCAAAAGAUUACAAUAAACGGCCAGAAAACAAACCUAACCGAAUUCAACAAACUUUAACAUUUACACCCAAAAAAUUUAAAAUUUUUAUAAAAAAAUUUUAGUAAAAUUUGAGGUAGGGAAUUUUACAGCCCAUUAAAUUUUAGUUGGUAAAAGUGCAAAUUUUAAAUCGCUAGAAAAUCUCGUUUACUUUUAAUCAUUUUUUUUUGUUGACGAUGUUAGGCAUUUUCCUCCAUAUAAAAGUAAUCGUCGACCAUACUUUAUAUCACAGCUGGGCAGCAUCUGCGCCCAUACAUAUACACGCUCUGCUUGGGAAGGCUGCGAAAACUUCAUUCAACCGCACGACUUGUUCGCACGCACACAACAAAAAAUACUCUGCCGAAACUGCCCACCUCUGUUUUAUAUGGAAAAAAUGCUUAACCCCGUCAGCCAAAAAAAAAUAUUAAAAGUCAAGCGACU